ACCUGCGUCUAAGCAGUUAAAACUACAAUACCCCAAAGCCCUUUUGACAUGUGGGAUGUCGGGUCUUUUCUUAUGGCACUCAGCAGGUAAAAUAAAACUGCAUUCACAACUGGCAGAGUAAUGUUUUGGCACUGUCAUUAGCUCCGGACAAGGACGAGAACAACAUGGGAGACAGUAGCUGCACUAAAGCUGUCCACUUGUCAGAUCCACAGUUUUUUGACAAAUACUUUGAGAAGCUGCUGUGUGAGUUGACAGAGCAGGAUUUCACAGAUCCGGUACUUGCUGAUGCUCUCAGCAGGCUCAGAGAGGUACUGCGGUACAAUGCCACAGGAGGCAAGAGGAACCGUGGUUUGUCUGUGAUUGGCUCACUGCGUGAGUUGGUCCCGCCCUCCAAGCUACCACCUGAAGAAGUGGAGCGUGCCCUGUUGGUCGGAUGGUGCAUCGAACUGCUGCAAGCAUUCUUCUUGGUUGCAGAUGAUAUAAUGGAUGCAUCUUUAACACGGAGAGGUCAGCCAUGCUGGUAUAAGAAGGAAGGCAUUGGCCUGGAUGCUAUUAAUGAUGCUUUUCUGCUGGAAGGGUCCAUCUACCGCCUUCUGCGUAGGCAUUGCAGAAGGCAGCCCUACUACGUCCAUUUGUUGGAGCUUUUUACUGAGACAUCGUUCCAGACAGAGCUGGGCCAAACCCUCGAUCUGAUGACUGCUCCCCCAAACAAGAUCGACUUAAACCGUUUUACCAUGGACAGGUAUAAAGCCAUAGUGAAGUACAAGACUGCAUUCUACUCUUUUUAUCUUCCAGUGGCUGCAGCCAUGUACAUGGCAGGAAUUGACAGUGAAGUGGAACACAACAAUGCUAAACACAUCUUGCUUGAAAUGGGGGAGUUCUUUCAGAUUCAGGAUGAUUACUUGGAUUGCUAUGGUGAUCCUGCAGUAACAGGCAAGAUUGGCACUGACAUCCAGGACAACAAGUGCAGCUGGCUUGUGGUGACAGCACUGAGUGAGAUGACUCCUGAGCAGAGGGUGGAGCUAGAGGCCUGCUAUGGCCGAAGUGAUGCUGAGAGUGUAGAGCGAGUGAAGGCACUGUACGACACUCUGGAAAUGCCUCUCCGAUACCACCAGUACGAGGAAGAGAGCUACUUGCGACUCCAAGACCUCAUCCAGAGGCACGCUCAAAACCUUCCCCAUGCUGUUUUUCUUAACUUUGCCAAGAAAAUCUAUAAGAGAAACAAAUGAGGCAUGUUUUGUUUUGUUUUUUUGCAAGAGCAUGGAAAAGAUGUAAAGUAUGUUUAAUGCAAUACUGCACAAGAAGGAAAGUAGUGCAUUUGAUCAGUGGUGUAAAUAUGUUCUCAAGACUAAAGACAUGUAUUUCUUAAAAACUUUAGAUACAUGGUGUUUUUUCCACACAUAUACUGGACUUUGAGACAGCCCAAAAUGAAACUCGUGUUUUGAAAUAUAUAUAUUUUCUCCUAGAAAGAAGCUGGACUAAUUCAGUGUCAAUUGUUGUCAGCUCUUAUAGCUGUAAUAUUACAUUUGUCUAAGAAAACUUGUACAUUGUCCAAUUCAAAAUAAUUUAAUUAUAUUUUUAUAUAAUUAUAGUUGUUCUAUCAGUAAGGGUAACAUCAGUCCUGUGCAAUUGGAGUUGCUGAAAUGUAGUCUUUACAUUUCAUAUUAUGUUUCAGUUUAAGGCAGGUUGGAAACAAAAUGUUGGUCAUCAGGCAGUGAUUGGUACCGAUCGGAUCCGUCACUCUGUUCUCCUCAGUGGGUUCUUUAUUUGGCUGUGUGCAUUGUUUAAAGACUAAACAACUAUCGUCCACUUUCUGAAACCCGAAGUAGAAAUCCACAAACUGUAUUUACCAAUCUGUUUUUCUGCUAAAGAAAAUGUCAGUGGUAGGAUAAAUAGAUCUUUCUGGAACUGCUAAAAUCAGAAAUUACUGUGAAAAUGGAAACCAUUUUUAAAUGAGUAGCAUUUAUAAUAUACAACUGAGAUGGUGUAUAUUAUAAUCCCAGCCACUUCCUGUCAACCUGGAUGAUAUUAAUAAAAAUGACGGUUACCUAAUACUCAUAGUUGAUGUUUGUUUGUUUUAAAGAAAUGUUCGAAGUGAGAUCACUUUGGUGCAAAAUGUGUGUAAUGUCAUUAAGUGGGAAAGAAAAAAUAAAGACUAUGCCUAAAACUGCUAUAA